AUGGCUGGAACGACUUCUCAAUCAGAGACGACACCGGUCCCAGAGGGUGAGAAUCAUGGUAGAACUCGAAAUGCUUCUCUCGCCAAUGGCGAGGCUACUGCGGACCAAGCAGAGCCUUCUGACUUGAGCCAAGGGCCCUCGGCUCUCGACGAAGAGAAUGGAAUUCAUGAGCAUGAAGGAACACGCAAAGCGUCGAACGAUGUUGGUGCGACCGGUAUCGUCGAAGAUAACGGAACCCAUCAGCAAGAAGGACCACACGAUGCGUCAAACAAUGCUGGUGCUACAAGCAUGGUCGAAGACAAUGAAAACCAACAGCAUGGACGACCACACAAUGCGUCGAACAAUGCUGGUGCCACUCAAAGACAGGCCGAACCAGGAUUGGUUGAGGACGAAUUGGCGAGAACACGUUGA